AUGGCCUCUUUAAACAAAUAUACCGAUGAACAGCUGAACUAUUACAGAAUUUGUUAUGUAACUACUGAUAUACUAGCGGAGGGUCUGAGAGAAAUAUUUAAACAAGAAUGGGACAAACUGUACAAAACAACAAAAGGAGAAUGGAAAGACGAGCCUCGUAAUGGAAUGGACUUUUAUCACGGAGAGUCUCCUCGCAAUCAAAAAAGAAACGCUCGUCUUUUGGCCACUAUGAAAAACGGAAACAGAAGGGAAUGGGAUUGUACAAUGCUGUUUUACGCCAUCCUUUUCUCUGAUUGCGUCGGGCCAGGUGUUAGUGCAAUAGUCAGAAAAUAUGUAGAUGAUCUACGAAAUUUCAGGAAUGAAGAAUUCGCUCACAUGCCACAAGGUAGUCUUCCUGAGAUAGAUUUUCAGAAUGCUAUUAGCAAAGUUGAUGUUGCGUUUCAAGCGCUUAGUCUUCCCACUGUAAAAAUUCAAGACCUAAAAUGUCAAAAAAACAUUUCCAACAAAAGAUUUAACAAAGGUCCUCAAAGAAGUUAAUAAUCUGAAACAAGAAGUUCAGGUCCUUGAAGAUCAGCUCCAAAAUGAAGCACCCUCAUUCUGUGUUCUCCCUCCUAAACCUUCGCAUGAAAUCGGUGGUCGUGAAAGUGAAGUAGCCAAAAUAGUCCAACAGCUAAGGGAAUUAAAUGAGUCCAGUGACAAAAGGUUGAGUUAUCUAUACGUCUCAGGGAAUCCUGGAAGCGGAAAAUCACAGUUAGCUGGCCUCGUAGCUAAGAGAUUCUACGACGAAGUGAAUGAAAUACCAGGUGGGUCUUCCUUUGCAAUGACCUUAAAUGCUACAAGUCCAGAUUCACUUCUGGUUUCGUACACCUCAUUUGCUCGCCAUUUAAAAUGCCCAGACUAUUCAGUCAUAAAAAUACUCGAGUCAAAAGACUGGAAUGUGGAGAAAAAGAUCACUAAUCUUACGACGCUUAUUGCGGAAAAAGUUGGCUGCUACACUUCGUGGUUACUAGUAGUUGACAACGUGACUGACAUGGCAUCUGUGCAAGACCUUCUACCACAGUUCACAACAAAUGCUUGGGAAAGGGGCCAGUUGCUGAUUACGACCCAGGACACAACGUCAAUUCCCUUAAAAAGCUCGUUCGUUAAUCACAUCUCAAUAAGCAAAGGUAUGGAGCCCAAUGACGCCCGUUCAUUAUUGUCCAAGCUUUCUGGUAUCCCAGAUAGCGAGCUUGUAGGAACAGUAGCACAGAGACUGGACUAUCAACCUCUUGCUUUAGCAGGCGCUGCCGUCUUUGUUAAAGAGAUUCGGCAGGACAAUGUAUCGACGCAUUUUGGGUGGGAGGAAUACCUGAAGAUCUUAGAAAAAGGCAAAAGACAGAAAACAGAGAACACACUUGUCGACACCAAUCCAAUUUAUCCAGAUUCAAUGACCAAAGCAAUAACGUUGGCCGUCGAAACACUGAUGAGAUCCGACAAAUUUCAAAAACACCUUUUCACUUUUCUUGCCCUCUGCGCUCCACGGCCAUUAAACAUGGACAUAGCAGUUAGUUACAUCAUGAACGCACAUGAAGAGUUUGAUGAAGAUGACAAAGAAUUAAUUCGCAUGAGAUUAAAAAGAAGCUCACUUCUGCUGUUCCAAGAUUACGAGGGUGGCUGUUUUAUUCGACUUCACGAGGUUGUGCAUAAUGCUAUAAAAACUGUAACAAAAGAGUGUCCAGAAAGCCAAAGCGAUGAGGUCGUUAGUGGGGUCAUUACAUCAUUUAACGAAUUUAUCGUCGCAACUCCACCAGAGAAUGAGCGACUAAACACCAGACACAUCGCUACACAUUUGAAAGCUUUAACUACGGUAACUGACAAAGUGUUUUUGCGAGAUAACUUCUAUCAAGUUCAUGAUAAAAAGAUUUCUAAAAAAUGCGAAAACCUUGGAAAUAUUUGUCAAAUGCACUGUGAAUUCGAAGAAGCAAAAACAUAUUUUCAAUAUUCACUCACUUUUAAGCUUCAAGAGCUCGACCCGGAACAUGUUAAUGUUGCUACAAGCUAUCAUAACUUAGCUUCAAUUUACCAGGAUUUAGGUGACUUUGAGCAAGCCAAGGAGUAUCAGCAACGUGCUCUGGACAUUAAACUGGACAAGCUUGGCCCGAAACAUGUUGAUGUUGCAACAAGCUAUAAUGACUUAGCUUUGAUUUACAAGGAUUUAGGUGACUUUGAGCAAGCCAAGGUGUAUCAGCAACGUGCUUUGGACAUUCAACUGGACAAGCUUGGCCCGCAACAUGUUGAUGUUGCAGGAAGCUUUAAUAACUUAGCUUUGAUGUACAGGGAUUUAGGUGAUUUUGAGCAAGCCAAGAGGUAUCAGCAACGUGCUUUGGACAUUCAACUGGACAAGCUUGGCCCGCAACAUGUUGAUGUUGCAACAAGCUACAGUAACUUAGCUUUGAUUUACCAGGAUUUAGGUGACUUUGAGCAAGCCAAGGAGUAUCAGGAACGUGCUCUGGCCAUUAAAGCAGACAAGCACUGGCUCAACAAAACACCAAAUAAGGUACAUGAAGGACUGCUAACAGACGCAAAAAACUUUAUUAUGGAAAUUAUAUUUCUUCUAGAUAGAUUUUACGCAAUCUUUAAGGUUUAUCGCGUUGGUGUUGUGUUAAAAUUUAAAAGGCUGAAGUUUUUAGGUGUUUUUUUUUUCACAGAAGCAUAAGUUGCGUCUUUAACUGCGAGGAUCGUCUUUGCAUUUUUUCUUCCGCAGUUCCAAUAUAUGAAAUUCAUACAACUUUAUAAAUGAGUUUAAUUUGAUAAACUCCAUGACGCUUUACAUAUGUUAAUCAUGGAGUCGAUGUUUGGGACGCUAGUAAGACAUCUCUUAAUUCAGGUUUGACUGUAACAGUUUCUGUUUACACUCUAUUUCUUCUUUCCGUAUCUUCAAGUUUCUUCUUAUGAAAGUUAGUCCUUGCAGAUUACUCAUGAAGCUGAAAGGCAUUUAUCACAAUCCAAGAAAGAAGAUGAUGACGAUGAGGAUGAUGAUAAAGGCAGUAGUAAGGAACAAGGUAAAGCAAAAAUCAUUGGUAAGUUAAAAAUGUCUCCUCCAGCUGUUAGCUUUUAAUGAUUUUAAUCAAGGGCACGUUCCUUUAGAAAAAAUCCGAUAAGGUUUAAUCGUUGCACAAUCUCACAGUCUUUGGACUUGAUGCGACAAAGGGAACGUGAGUAAAAACCCGAAGAUGGAUUCUUCAGCGUUUUAAGAAUAUUUGUGUGAAACGCCUGCAAUAACGUAGAAUGCUCGACAGGUGUAACUUUUUUGGACCCAUGCCCAAACAAACUCAUUAAUUGUGAAUCUAUAAAUGGGAUUUAGAUAUAAUCUAUCACCAAAUCUAUUGGGAGUGUGUUUUUAGUUUUAGUAAAGAAAGGCAAAAUCCGCGUUUGGAUGAUUGUCUCAAAGGAAAGUGGCCUAGAUCAAAAGUCAGCUACAUCCAAAAAGAAAUUUUCAGGCAAACACAAUUUCCGAUUUGGGGCUGCUUAUUCGGACAAACUACAGAUGGAGUUCAACACCGCGAUAUAUUAAAGCAAUUUUCAAUUUUGCUAACCUCAAGAUCCAAACAUUGUUUGCCUCCUAUGACGUCAAGGAGGCUUUCAGCCCAGGCAAACCCAGUACCAAAUAUCUACGUUAAAAAAACGAGUUCAAAGAGAAUUAGGGGUUUUACUGAUCCCAGAUACAAUACAUUAGGUGCGGUCACACUUGACUUUCCCCCCUAAGCUCCCAUUGGGGAAAUAGCUUAGGUUGGGGUCACACUGGGUAAUUGGUCACUGCCCUGGUUGCGGUUAUACAGUUAUAAAUUGCCCAAAGGGAAGAAAAAACGUGAACCGGGCAGUUUUGAGGUAAAUGUUGUUGUAAACAUUGAAUCUCACAUAAUCGUAUUAAUAACACCCGCUCCACAUUAAUUAAACUUAGAAAGAGAGAUUCCGUCUUAAAUUUUGAGACUGAAAAGGACGACGUUGACUUCAUUUUUUUUAAAGAAAGACAAAUUCUCGCUCAAAAGUCAAAAGUACGGGUUUACAAAAGUGUUUGCAGCGACUUCACAAGGAAAUAAUUCUUGAACACAUGUAAAGAAAACUGACGAGUGUUUUGAGUUGCUUUUAAAUUUAUGUGAAAUUGUAAAGUACAGAAAAAACAUUCACAGAAGCGCCCAAAAUCCUGCUGAGGUUUUGCAUUCCAGUUUGGCGCCAAGGCGGAUUCGGCACGUAAACAACACGUGAUUUCUACUUUUUGGUACGUUUCAAUCUUUUGUGAUUGGUUGAGCCGCCUUAGGUUCUUAUUCACCAAUAGAACUUACUUCGGGAACUUUCAUGGGUAAUUCUUUUGUUUGGAAUGAUGUAUCCAUGGAAAUUUCCCCGAGGCACUGAAUUUCACCUUGGGAAAAUCGGUCACACAAGAAGCCGCUUCCCCGUGGGCAAUGGGUAAAAUGGGUAAUUUGGCCGCACCUAUUUUAGGUCGCAUAUGGUCGUAUAUGUUAUGGUAAACGUUUGACUUUCCUCGUAUCUUGUGCAUUAUAAGCUUAAUUACUCUUUUCUUUCACAGACAAAAGAGCUAAGAGAGACAAACACAAUGCUGAGCAAAUGGCUAAGAAAGGCUUAGAUGCUGAUAGUGAUGUGUCAUCUGAGGGAGAUGGUUACCUGGAUUCAAAGGAAGAGGAUCACAGAUCUGACAGCUUUUCAUCUUUGGAUGGUGAGAUAUUUUGAUCCUUUGAUCCCCAAUAUCUGUCUUUGUCUGCUGCUGUUGCUGUGAUCUAGCCUGUUUUUAGCCACCCCUCCCCUCAAACAUUAUGAAGGUUAAGCAAAGACGUUUUUUGAACAACGCACGUCAACCAGAAGUAAGGCCUUUUCUCUUUUAGUAUGCCUUGAUGCUUAUAACAAAUUUAUAUUGCUAAAUUCUUUACUCUUAUAGAGACGAUCUGCCCGAUGAUUUGGGCACAACCACUGCCCAAGAACGGCAAAAAGUUCACUUCCGGUUGGUGUGCGUCGCUCUAAAACGCCUUUCCUUAAGCUCCCUAAGUUGUUUAAAGGGAGUGGUUAGCUAUACACAGGCUACUGUUUCCCAGUUGCAUCACCUUGCCUGUCGUUUUUUUCUGCCUCUACUGUUCUUCUUCAGUUCUCCCUUUGCCUCUCCGCUACUUUCUUUCCGCUUGCUUUCAUCAAAGGAUGGCGCAGUGGUGAGAGCGCUCGCCUCCCACCAAUGUGACCCGGGUUGAAAUCCUUGCGUUGACGCCAUAUGUGGGUUGAGUUUGUUGUUGGUUCUCUCCUUUGCUCCGAGAGGUUUUUCUCCGGGUACUCCCGUUUUCCUCUCUCCUCAAAAAUCAACAUUUCCAAAUUCCCAUUCGACCAGGAAUCAGGUAGACGAAGAACCACUUUGUGGAUGUGCUACCUUCAAAUCAUUAUUUAUUUAUUUAUUUAUUUAUUAUCAGCAACGUGCUUUGGACAUUCAACUGGACAAGCUUGGCCCGCAACAUGUUGAUGUUGCAACAAGCUACAGUAACUUAGCUUUGAUUUACCAGGAUUUAGGUGACUUUGAGCAAGCCAAGGAGUAUCAACAACAUGCUAUAGACAUCCAACUGGACAAGCUUGGCCCGGAACAUGUUAAUGUUGUAAGAAGCUACAAUAACUUAGCUUUGAUUUACAGGGAUUUAGGUGACUUUGAGCAAGCCAAGGAGUAUCAGGAACGUGCUCUGGCCAUUAAAGCAGACAAGCACUGGCUCAACAAAACACCAAAUAAGGUA